AUUGGUAUUGUCUUGAACGUCGCAGUGGUUUGAAUAUUUCGCAUAAUUUAUUUAUUUUUAUAUGGUAAUUUAAAAUACUAAAGAUUUGUGAGUGUUUUCUUUGUUAUCGGACUAUUAUUAAGUCAACGAACCAUGAGGUGGUACCAAGUUAUAUUUUUAUAAUAAAGAAUAAAUAUAAAAUCUAGAAAUGAUACCGAGGAUCGAUGAUUCUAAAAGUGAAGACAGUAGUGAUCAGAAAUUCUCUUAUGAGGCCAUCAAACACGUAAAAUGGUACGAACCCAUACUUUUAAACCGACCGCUAAAAGUGUUGACAACACUGCUUCUAUUAGCUGUAAUCAUUCCCCUUUUACUAUACCAGUUCUACUUCAUACCCAGUGGAGACUUCCAGCUUUCUAUUGGAUCAUGUCUUAUAGCAGAAACGUCUAGACUUUCGUGUGGACCUGGCAUCGUACCAGAAAACGAAUGCCAUCCAGAAUGUUGCUACGAUCCCACAACUAACUUCUGUUUCCACCGUCUUCCCUCUAGAUUCUCAUAUCUCAUGGACAGACCGUGGUCCGAAUACCAAGUCUUAUAUCCCAGAGUAUCUACUGUGCCCUAUAAUUCAAUGAACAGCCUAACCAACAUCAGGCUAUCAAUUAGCGAAGAAACCGCCACGCAUUUAUCUAUAACAUUGUAUAACGCAAGAGACGCCUUGAAGGUUGGCAGGAGGCUAUUUAAUAAAAAUUACUCUUACACAGUUUCGUCUCCAGAAUUGAAUAUAGUAGUAAAAGGCCCUCAGGGAACUAUAUUUGAUACUAUGCGAGGGCCAUUAAUAGCAUCGGACGGGGUUUGGGAAAUAACAUUUAAAUUGACGGAUGCAGGCAUGUAUGGUUUAGGCGAAUUGCCUUUGAAGCCAGGAACUACUAAAAUCAUGUAUAACAACAUCAAAGGAUACAGCUCAGUUCCUUUAAUAUUCGCACACAUAAACGGCUCUUACCAUGGUUUAUUGAUAUAUACAAACGCACCAACAGAAAUUAUGAUUAGAAGAGGAAAUCACAUAGUCGUCAGGAGCUUAACUGACUUUGAACUAAAAUUUGAUUUGUUCGUGGGACCUACACCAAAGGAUGUGAUGAAAGAUUCAAUGAAAAUAAUGAGGGGUAAUAAAAAACUGGAAUAUUGGAUGCUGGGAGCUCACAUUUGCGGUACAGCCGGCAAAGAACUAAAUGAGUUUAUUUCCACCCUUACAUCAAAUCGUGUACCAUUUGAAAGCCACUGUGGUCAUAGACCCAUUGUUUUAGCAAGCAACCGCUGUGAAAGUAUAGAAGAGAAGAAUAUCCAGGAUGUUGCUGAUGGAGCUAAUGUUAUACGGCGGGCGAAUAGACGCUUUGUACCUCAUUUAUCACCUUAUAUACGCUAUAAUGAAAACAACAAUACACCAGCAAUUCCCGCCUGUUCUAUUUUGCCAGAAUUUCAAUUAUUCAUGUACCAUGAGCCUCAUAGUUUUGAAAUGUAUAAAGGUAAAAUUGGAAACCAUUCAGUAUUAUAUCCUGCUUAUGACGUCGCUACAACCCAUUUCCUGUCAAGGGUAUGGCCUCAUUCUAUCAAAUUUGACGGAGUAGUGAUGGAAAAUAAUUGGCCUUUGGAUAACAGUAAUAAGUCUAAACAUGAUCCAUCUCCAUAUUUACCAUAUUUCAAUCAGAAUUUAAGAGAAGUGCUCACACACACUCCCAAAUGGAAUAUCACCUUACUAGAUAGAACAAAAGAUUAUUUUUUCAAGCAUAACGCGUAUGGACAAGAAUCCAUAAACGCCUUCAGGCAAAUAAUUGGUAACGACACAUAUACAUCAGCUAGCAGUCACUGGAUGGAUGGAUCAGUGGUUGUAAAUAGACAGAAUAUAGAUGCUCUAUGGUCAAUUCUUCAUAAGGAACUAGUAUCUGCUGCUCUAGGAGGAAUAUCAGGACAUUGGCUAUGGUCAACACCGAUUUGUGGAGACACUGAUAAAUAUUUCCCUACAAACCAGACGGAUCUCUGCGUAAAAUGGUACAUGGCUGCCACGUACUUUCCAAUGAUUAAAAUAGAUUCUACCUCCGUCCCAAGAGACCCUACUUCUGUAAAUGGAACGUACAGAAAUAGAAUGAUAAAGGCAUUGAAUACGAGACUGUCGCUUCUCCCAUAUUUUUAUACAGUCCUGCAAGAUGGUCCUCUGCUGAGACCUAUGUUUUACCAGUUUCCAGAAUCAGAUUAUCUCCGAGAAAUAGAUAGCCAAUUUGCUGUGGGAGACGAUUUGCUAAUUGUUCCUAAUCUACAACCAUUUCAAAGUUAUGUGCAUAUAACUAUGCCACCUGGGACUUGGUACGAACUGUGGGGAGGUGAAAAAAUAACAUCUAUAGAAGGAGAAGUUAUUACAAUGCCAAGUUUAGAAUCUGAUUUUCUCACUUUAAUACGUGGUGGGUCGAUAAUAUUGCUGCAGAACGAUGUCAGCCAAACGGCAGAAGACACACGUGUAGACUCGUCUUUUUCCCUAAUUAUCGCCUUGGACUGUAACAAUUCUACAAACUGUUCAGCAUCGGGGGAUCUUUAUUUGCUGCCAACAAUUUCAUUUCACUUUGAGGCUACGCAAGAGAAGCUAUACGUCACGGCUAUAGGAAAUGAUUUCGAACCGUUAUGUGAUUGGAAUAAUGCGAUCAUCAGAGACGAUAUUAAAGAUAUCAAAAUAUUUGGACUCGACUCCCAGUUUAAUAACUUCGAUACGCACAGACACAUUGACGACUGGAUUAUAUUUUGUGAUUUGGAAUACGAUGAUGUUAUUGAAUUUGACCUUAUCUGAUAUAUUA